UGUGGUAUUCGUUGUGUACAUGUUGUUUCAACUUCAAUAUGGAGACCUGAGGUUUUAUGAAGAAGGAUUGAGCAGUUCAUACAGCGGGGUGUUGCAGAGGGAGGACUUAAUGCCAGAUGAUAUCAAAGAACGCUUCCGAAGGCGCCGGGAAAGGAUGCUCAAGAUUUGCCAAGAGACAGAGAACAAGGAGGACAUAGAAUUUACUGUCAGAUCACGUACUAUAUACUUCUGGAAAUACAACGCUAGCGUUUGCACCAUGGGAAAGGUUGGCUCAGCUAACUGGCGUACCCAUGCACAAAAAAUCAAUAAGGUAAAGGGACAGCCCAUGGAUGAGGCCAGACGCCUUCGCCUUAUCAACAGUACUUUGGAUAAGAUUGUCAACUACACCAAAUCUACAUCCAGAUGGAUUUCUGUUAGACAACCAUGGUUCAGCGCGUUACCACCUGGACACGGCGGAGACUUCCCCAACGACAUCCAUGAGAUCAGGCUGUUAGUAUGGCCAGUUGGUGCAUACGGCCGUGAGAUCUGGAUAAUUGCAUAUGAGUUCUACGCUAGACAAACGAGCAAGAAAAAGCAUUUUGCCGAAAGUAGGCUUCGAAGGAGUAGAAAUAUUUUUUGCACGGACAGUGAAGAGAAAGUUACUGUGGCCAUCUGGAAUAAUACCAUCAUUCCAAAUGACUUGGAGGAGUUCUUGUUCCCAACCCUUCUGAGCAACGGUUUAGUUUACAAGUUUCAAGAAUCCAGCACAUGGAAAAAGUAUCUGGCAAAGACGAAUACGUCAGUCAAGAACCUCGAUCCCAAGGACGAGCGACUGCGCUUGAGUGUGACCUUCACUGAGUUUUUGAGACACGUUGUUCACACGUUCGAAGCAGGAGGGGAGAUUGAUAAGCACUGGAAAACGUACGGUCUUCUCUGUUCGCCGUGCUUCUUUGAAUACGAUUACAUAGCCAAGGUAGAGACGCAUUCCGAGGACUUGGAAUAUGUGUUUAAGAAAUUUCGCAUCCGUUCCAACCCGCACCAGGCUGUGAAAACCAAAGGAAACGUCUUAGUAAAAGUUUCAAAGGAUUCCAGGUACUACGACACUGUGCCACUGGAGCUGAAGGAGAAAAUAUAUAAUAUCUACCAAAUAGACAUGGAGAUGUUCGGCUAUGACCUGCCUGAAAGCUACUGGAAUACGCCAUGAUACGUUAAACUAUUAAUUAACUGCCUUAGUUUAUAUCAAGUCUUCUCUAAACUUACUUUUGCCCAAUAUAUUUCCAGGGAUUGC